AUGUACAGAUUCAACUUGUCCGCACCGGGUACUGUGUUCUUAUGCGGAGAUCCCAAUAGAUUUGACAAAAUUUGUAUAGCGGCCAGUUUAAACAAAUGUACCAAACUCUCAUUUUCUUCGUUUCCUCAAGCAAGAAUGCGAACAGAUUUUAUCAGAAUAAAUUUCUCCGAUAUCCAAUUAGAUAUAAAAAUACCUAUGCGCUUGUUUUUCAUGCAACUCUUCCGCGAAGCUAAAAAUAAUAAAUGUAAUGUUGCUGAGCUGAAUGAAACAGUAAAAAAGUUUGUCCUUACUUCCAUAAGUUGCUUCUACGACAAAAGUAAUGAUGCUCAUAAAUCAAGUUUACAUACAUUCUUUUUUCUCCUCGUUCUUAUAGCUAUUAUAGAACGUAUCAACAUAACUUCAUCUUUUAUUGUGAACCUAUCGACGAAAUUGCCAAUCGGUGAGGGCUUGGGCAGUUCUGCAUCGUUCGCGGUAUGUCUCGCGGCGUGUUUUGUGCGUUGGUCCCUUCUACAAAAAGGAAUUGUCGUCUACGAAUUCCGCAAACAUGAUCUUGAAAACAUCUUGCAGUAUGCUCAAUAUUGUGAUUUUUUUAUAUACAAUUCCUCGACUGAGAUCGCUACCAUGAUAUCCACGUAUGGUAGGAUACAAGUAUUCGGCGAAAGGGAAGUAAGUGAGUCAACAUUAAAGUCUUUCCCUAAUUUGCCAAGCAUGAAAAUCCUGCUAGUCUUCUCGAAUGUUUGUCAUCAUAAAACGACAAUAAAGUUGCUAAGCGAAAGGAGAGUGCAAAUGGAAGCGUUGGGAUAUUCAUCGUCUGGAGUAUCAACCUUGAUCGAUUUCAUCUUGAAUAGUAUCGAACUAAUGUCGACUAAAUUUAUUCAUACGCUUGAUAUUAUUGAUGAAAAAAUGUCUGAAUCUAAAAAGCAUGAGAGCAGCCAAUCUGUUGAUCUAGGAGACAAUUAUAAAACAUUAUUAGAUAUUAUUCACAUGAAUCAAGGACUAUUAAAAGCAUUAGACGUGUCGCAUCCAAACAUGGACAUUAUUUGCGCAAUUGCUCGAAGUUUUUCAUUCGCGGGGAAUCUUGCGAGUAAAGGUGGAGGUGGAUACGCUUUCAUUUUAUUAUUGAAUGACAUGGGUGAAAACAUCCAAAAGCUUAUCACGAUGUUAAAAUCACACGAUUUUUCUGCUGAGGAAGUCACUAUAAAUUGCUGCGGAAUAACAGUUGAAUAA